GAUUUGAAGUUUCUUAUACGGCUCGUGGCUUGUUAAGUCUUGACAUUUCUUUUGUGUCAAAACAUUGUGGCUUAAAGUCUCAAAAUGGGUAAAGUUAAGUGUUCUGAACUUCGUACGAAGGACAAGAAGGAGCUUUUUAAACAACUUGAAGAGUUAAAGACAGAAUUAACAAAUCUACGAGUUGCUAAAGUCACUGGUGGUGUAGCCUCAAAACUGUCCAAAAUACGUGUUGUACGUAAGGCAAUUGCACGAGUUUACAUUGUUUACCACCAAAAAAUGAAGGUUAAUCUUCGCAACCACUAUAAGAACAAGAAGUACAAGCCUCUAGACCUCAGGCCCAAGAAGACCCGUGCUAUGCGUAAGGCUCUCACAAAACAUGAAGCCAAGUUAAAAACAAGGAAAGAAAUUAGAAAGAAGUCUCUUUUCCCUCCUAGAGUUUACGCCGUUAAGGCUUAAAUAAAUAACUUCUAUUAUA